AUGCAUCGACUUUUUGCUGAGCUGGAGCCAUCUGUAACCGUCACCGAGCAAAACCUGGCAGACCGCGUUCGGUUUCGGACCGCUAUCCCCGUCUGGAGAAUAAGAAUUGAAGAACGUAUCGCAAGGGCUAGAGCUCUCAUCGGCAGACUGAUAUGCUUCAAGUCAGGCAAUACCAGGCCAAGGAUUGUGCGCAUCGUCAGGAUGGAGUUUGCUUGGACAAAUGUUAGUUUGUCCCAGCCGGAUAUAAUACAAAGACUGACGGAGCGCAUAGACGAGCUGAAGCAGAGAAUCGCUACUUGGGGAAAGCGGAUUCGGCGAUAUACCGAGAGGUCGACACGGUUCAACCAGAAUCGUCUCUUCCUGAGUGAUCAUAAGAGGCUCUAUAAAUCAUUUUAG